AUGGUAAAACGACUCUUGUCGACAAACUUUUACAACAAUCAGGUGCACUCGGUGACCGCGCGGGUGAGAUUGAGCGUGUUAUGGAUUCGAAUGCGCUUGAGUCUGAACGCGACAAGCGUACAAAUACUGAAUACCGCAUCAACAUCGUCGACACCCCAGGACAUGCUGACUUUGGUGGUGAAGUUGAACGUGUAA